AUGGUUAACCCGCUCAUAGCCGUCCCUGCCGUGACUGGCCUUGCGUAUCGCGCCUAUUCCCGCAAAUCCCUUACGCCGGUCGGCAGCCUUGUGGCCCUCGUCUCAGCUGCUGUCCAUACCAUCCAUCCGUGGUUAACGCCGUUUGUUUUGCUCGCAGUGUUUUAUUUUAGCGGGUCUAGGGCUACAAAGGUGAAACAUGACAUUAAAGCUCAAUUGACCUUGUCGGCAUCCGGUGCGGCCGGGGGUGAAGGCGCUCGAACCCAUGUUCAAGUUCUAGCAAACUCGGUCGUUGCCUCGAUACUCACACUCCUACAUACAUAUUAUUUGUGGAAGCAAGAACGAUAUUCAACAGCAUGCUUUGCCCAAGGCGCGGACAUUGGCGACAUCUUUGUUGUUGGACUUGUCGCAAACUACGCUGCAGUUGCAGCUGAUACUUUCUCGUCCGAACUCGGCAUUCUAUCCAAAUCGAAACCACGUCUCAUCACGUCUCCAACCCUUCGGGUUGUGCCACCCGGAACCAACGGCGGCGUAACGCUUGCUGGCCUGUUGGCGGGUGUCUUGGGUGCGUUUAUCGUCGCUUUGGCCUCGACGUUGGUUCUUCCAUUUUGCCAACAAGACUGGUCUCCUAUCCAACGGAUCCAAUGGCUCGUUGGAAUAACAAUCUGGGGUACAUGUGGAAGCAUCCUGGAUAGUUUACUUGGCGGACUGCUACAAGCCAGUGUUGUUGACAAGAGAAGUGGCAAGGUUGUUGAAGGCAGCGGGGGUGGCAAGGUCUUGGUUCAGCCAUCUUCUACCAGCACUACCUCCACUGCAAUUAGCGAAGAGGCAAAAUACAACAGCAGCCUGCAUGCAACAGAGUCUGUUGCCAGCACCGCCACGGGAACGAGAGUGACGAGGUCAUCGGCCAAGGCCAAAUCUGCCACUGCCGGCCCAGUCCCUGAACAGGCCACCCGCAAGAUCGACACUGGCCGUGAUAUUCUGGAUAAUAACGCGGUGAAUUUACUGAUGGCAGCCAUCAUGAGCGUGGGAGCUAUGCUUGUUGCAAGCUAUCUCUGGGAUGUUCCGCUGAGCGUUGAUGGGAUUUUAUAA